GUGUGUCGAUAACAGGUUUUUUUAAACUGAUUUUUUUCAAUAAACAUGUGACUUUUGCAGUGAUCAUUUAAAUUGAAAGCUCUAAAUUUACCCAUCAGUUGUGUAGUUUUGUACGAGUGCGUCACUAACUAAAUAACCAAUGAUGACAAUGAUGAUGAUGCACAGAAUAAUGGAAACGUCGCAGCGGACUCAAGAUGUUACAAAAAACACACAAAAUCACCAAGAUAGAUUAGAAUUUGAGAAAAAGGCGGCAAGAACGGAGGAGUCCUCGCUAUUCCGACAACGUAAACGAAUAUCGGACGAUUCAAGGGAUGCCGAAAUGUGCGAUAAGAACAGCGAUAGUGAUGACGACGACGAAUUGAAUGUGGACGUUGAUGUGGAAAAUGACGACACGCUUUGUCCCGUCGAUUUGACAAGGAGGCACGAGAAGUUCACCUCCUUCGAAAAUCUCAUACCAACAUCUAAAAUGGAUGAUAGUGACUUUAAAUCCCUUAAAUCGUUAAAGGACGACGAAAAACUUUGUGUUAAACGAUCUGAAAGUGUAUGUAGUGACGUUAGUAGAUCGGAAAGUCCGAGAGAUCCGAGUCCGUCGGUCGUUCCUCAUCAAAAUAGACGAUUAGCUUUCUCAGUUGAGAAUAUAUUGGACCCUAACAAAUUUACGGGCAAGCAAUCCCUUUAUAGUGACGGAGUUUGUUGUUGGAAACCUCAUCAGGAGAAUUUAGGCUCGUCGGAGUACGAAGAAAGUGACCAAGGUUAG